CUUGACUCAGCCAGCAGGGAGCUCCAGCCAAUGGGGAAAUGGCAGUGAACUGAGUGGUCAGGCUGACUCUCUGGUGACUCUGACGUCUCCCGGAGAAGAGGCUCUAGAGUAGCAGUUCCCUGAUCAGUCUGGACCCGAGGACACAGAGGUAACGGAGACAAGCAGGAGGCUGGCAGCCUGACGCAGAGCCACGGAGUUGCCAGCUGCUAUCAGACAGUGCUUGGCUGAUACAGCACAGACUGAUCUUUUCUGUUGGAUCUGCAGUGGUCAAAUUAACUAGGAGUUUUGGUAGGUCACGGUGAUGAUCUGAAGACUCAAUCUGUUGGCUUCACAAACCACUGAACCUCACUUCCUUUCUACCAAAUGCAACCGUCAGAAGAAUCAUGUCAGUCACCCACCACCACCUGCAGAAGCUCCACAAAGUGCAGUGAGAGAGAAUGAGUUUUGGAAGCAAUGCGCCAAAAAGGAAGGCGCUAUGUGAGCGGUCAGACCUCUGAGCGGUCAGAGCCUUCAUGGUCUGCGGACUAGCGCGCCGUUCUCACUGCAGGUCGCCCAGACGUGGUACUUGCGCUGCGGGCUGUCUUCCUUCCUUUGCCGAAGUAAAUCCAGGUAGUGGGCAGGGACCUAGAAUCCCGUGUCUUCACUCCAGUUCGUGUUUUUUUUACUUAGAAGGAGACAUGGAUAAUCAGAGAAGGCUGAUGAAUGCAGGAGAUUCCCAGUCUUCAGGAGAUGUUAUCUCUUCCAACCUUACCAUAGAGUCACACGAACCCCCAAAAGGGAAUAAAAAGAAACCUUGUGUCUCUAAAAUCAUCGCUAUCAUCAUUUUCCUGGUGAUCCUGAUAAUUACACUGGCCACAGUUUUAGCAGUUGAAAAGCACAAAUCUUCCAUGGAACACGUGUCAUGCUUGGAUGGCUGGAUUGGCUACCUAGGAAAGUACUUCUAUUUUUCUGAAAAUACAACCACCUGGGCAGCAAGUCAGAACUUCUGUGCCGCUCACGCUGCAAACCUCGCUGUGUUCAACACCACCGAAGAGCUGAAUUUCCUGAAGCGAUAUUCUGACCAUUCUCAGUAUUGGAUUGGACUGAGGCGAAAACCAGGGCAGACUUGGCAGUGGAUAGAUGGGACCAUAUACAGUGGUUGGCAGGAUACCUGUGAUCAAUUCAGAAGUCAUCAUCUGUGGAUGAAGAGAUCACAUUUUGACAAAGCCAGUAACUCUGAAGGAGACACUUUCCAGCAAAAACACCCUUCUUGGUUAUCACAGCACAGGCGUUACCUUCAACCUCUCCCUGGACUUCAAAUCUAUCGAGGAAAAACAACGUUAGCGACGCCCAUGGAAGCUGGACUCUUUCCCAGCUAUCUGUCUUCCCUUGAGCCAAAAGCACACAAAAGCACAACUGUGUGGUGCCUGUGUUUUUUCUCUCAGGAGAAUGUACUCUCCAAGCUGGAAUCUAAGACACUGUAAUAGACAGGGAACGUACAUUCAAAACAAUUUCUUUCAUGAAGGAAUUCCUCCAAAUAGUUUCUUAACCAAAAAACAGUCAUUUGUAAAUAGAAAUCCUACAUGUAAAUAAAAUGAAAAUAAAAAUGUAAGAAACACUGGUGAAAUGUAGGAAAUCCAUGUGAUCGUAUGAAAA